CCGCAUUUUGAAAGGGGCAGACCAAAGACUAGCAAAAGAAAAAAACAGGCUACAUGACAUGAGCAAUGACAUGUACCUACCUAUCAUUGUCAUGUGUCAGCAGACAGUUUAAAUAAGUAAUAAACAAACAUUUAUUUGUGGAAUUGCAAAUUGGAUCAAGCAAGUUGUUUUACCUACUUUACUUUUUUGUCUUUGUCCAUAAUGGGAGAAUCAGGAGCACAAAAAAAGUUGAAUAAAAAUAAAUUAAAAAAAACGAUAAAAAAUGUACUGUGCAGGCCAGAUCCAGUUUUAUGGCCUGAGGUGUCAGAAGACCAGAAAACUUUAUUGGAAAUGGCUCUCGGCAAGCACAAAGUGGGAAUACCAGUUAUCAAAAAACUACAUUGGAAUGAAUUGAAAUCAAUCCCUAAGGAAAAGCGUCCGAAGCCUCCAAAACUAGAAAAAGUCCCUGGACUAUUGUUUGGAAUAACAGAAUGUUGUGCAGCUAUUCAAAGUAACCAAUGCUCAGCCAUUAUUAUAGAUGCUAUGGUUAAUCCCAGAGUUAUAGUUCAACCUGUAACAGUAGCAUGUAAGAAGGCUCAAGUACCAUUUAUUUGUUGUAAAAAUCUACGCAAAACAUCUGAAAAUUACUUUGGUAUUUCCACAAGUUGCUUAGGUAUAAAACUUAAUAACUUGCCUGAUCUUACAUGUACUAUACUUGAGAUAGCAAAGAAUUAUUCAGUGCUGCAAGAAAUAUCAAAUAAGAAUGGUAAAGAGGAAGAAAUUAUGGAUGUAGACCCUAGUAAAGAAGCUACUGCUGUAAGAAAUUUAGAGCAAGUUACUGCUAUGGAUGAAUCUGUUUGUAUAACAAAUCCUUAUUUAUACAGAUCUAAUAGAAAGACUAGAGUAUUUAUUCCUAAUGGUACAGUUGUGCCAGCAAAGACAACCAAGCACUUUGUUGGACAGAAUUAUAUUGAAUUUUCUGAUAAGCCUAACAAAGAACAGACAGACAGGAGUACUUUCAAGAAAGUGAUGAUCAAACGAAUUUCAAAUAAUCCUAAUAGAGUUAAAAGUAAAAGGAUGAGCUAAAAAUAAACCAUGUUUUGAG